AUGGCGAGGCCGCCAACGCUGCUGCUCUCCCAGCAGCUGCAAGACCCCCGCCCCACGCUGCUGCGUUCCCUGGGCUCGGAGUCGCAGCAGCAGCAGCAGCAGCUGCUGCUGCUGCAGCAGCAGAAGGAACCGGGGCUACGGUCAUCUACAGCAGCAGCAGCAGCAGCAGCAGCAGCAAACGCGGAUUUCAAAUGGCAGCAGCAGCAGCUGCACGUCCAGCAACAGCCCUACUUGCCGUAUGUGAUCUCAGAGCAGCAGCAGCAGCAGCAGCAGCGCAGCAACCUCAAGCACCAAGCAACAUCCCUGCAGCAGCAGCAGCCGCCGCAGCACGCAGCAGCAGCAGCAGCAGCAGCAGCAGCAUUUUCUCCCGCGGAGCAGCAAACCCUCAAGGAAGCUUUUGCUGUUUUCGACAGAGACGGAGACGGUUUGCUGCAGCCCAAAGAGUUCAGAGCUGCAUGCACCGCCCUAGGUGUACAGACACCUGAACCUACGGCCGAGAGGAUGCUGCAGCUGCUGAGUGCUUCCCCGGGAAUAUCUUUCAGCAGCUUCUGCUCUUUUGCUGCUGGCCUUUUGCCGCAGCAGCAGCAGCAGCAGCUCAGCGACCCGCAGCAGCUCUUUGCUCUUUUUGAUGCUGACAAUAAAGCGGACGAGGCGCAGUCGCGGCGCUUAGAGCUUCUAGGGUUUAGGAAGCAUGAUGCUGCGGAGCUCCAGCAGCAGCAACAGCAACAGCAUUAUCGCCUUCAGCAGCAGCAGCAGCAGCAGCAGCAACAGCAUUAUUGCCUUCAGCAGCAGCAGCAGCAGCAGCAGCAGCAACAGCAUUAUUGCCUUCAGCAGCAGCAGCAGCAGCAGCAGCAGCAGCAGUGCGUGUUUACUUCUUCAGGCUACAUAACUUUAGAAGACCUUAUUGCUGCUGCUGAGUGCUGCGGCUCUCCUUUUACUCCGGAGCAGCUGCAGCUGAUGCUGCGCCACUUAGCAGCAGACAGCAGCAGCAGCAGCAGCAGCAGCAGCAGCAGCAGCAGCGGUGGCGAGCGGGUAUAUCUGCAGCAGUUUAAAAAGCUGUUUGCAGAUAAGCAAACGCUGGCCAGGAGGAGGAGUUGCUGCAGCAGCAGCAGCAGCAGCAGCAGCAGCAGCAGCAGCAGCAAGAGCAUCAAUAGUAGCAGUUGUAGCACAAACAACGACGAAAGCAGCACUUCAGCAGCAGCAGCAGCAGCAGCAGCUUCAGCAGCAGUGCUAAAACCAGCAGCAACAGAACACCAGCACCAGCGACGUCUGCAGCACCAGCAGCAGCAGCAGCAGCAGCAGCAGCAGCAGCAGCAGCAGCAGCAGCAGCAGCAGCGUUACAUGGUGGACGACGAGCAGCAGCCUCGUACCUGCAGCAGCAGCAGCAGCAGCAGUUGCAGCAGUUGCAGCAGUAGCAGCUCUAGCAGCAGCAGCAGUAGCAGCUCUAGCAGCAGCAGCAGCAGCAGAAUCUGUGAGAGCAGCCGUAGCAACGGCAGCAACAGCAGCAUAAGAAGGAGGGUCAGCGGCAACAGCAGCAGCAGCAGCAGCAACGGCAGCGGUAGCAGCAACAGCAGCAGCAGCAGCAGCAACGGCAGCGGUAGCAGCAACAGCAGCAGCAGCAGCAGCAGCAGCGGGAGAGGCAGCAGCCAAGGAAGCAGAGAAAAGUAG